AUGAAGGAGGUCCAGCGGAUUGCUGAUCAGAGGAAUGAGUCCUCACAAGGCAUCGAGAUGCAGCAUCCGGAGAUGGUUUGUGCCAUCGUGAUGUGGACCUUUGACCCCGUUCUCAUCACGGGCGACCAGACAUAUCCCAAGGAGCAAACCUUCCAACAUUUGGUGAACAGGCUCGUGGACCAGCGCGACACAGAGUUCUUCUAUGCCAGCAGAGGGUUCUUCUACUACUUCAUGACUGCUCUUGACAAGCUUCCUCCUGCUAGCGGUAUGGUUUACCAAGGUAUUCCCCGCAAGGACGUUACUGCAGCACGGGAGGCCUUGGUGGAAGGCACCACAGUGACGUGGCGCUCCUUCACUACAGCCUUGCAGCUGUGGGGGAACAUGAUCCCCUACGAGCGCGGCUUGGUCCUGCAGAUCACCUUGCUGCCGCCGGAGCUGCGUGCCAAGGGCAUGCGCUUCGAGUCGAAGGGCCGAGACAUCAGCAAACUCUCCGCCUUCUCGGGCUCCUGCGAAGUCCUCCUCAUGCCAAACAUGCGCAUGCACGUUGGUCCAGAAGUGCAGAAGAAGGGCAUCGCCGUGAUCGAGCUGACAGAGUUGGAAGAAGAUACCGCUACCACACUGAACGCUGAAGACUUCGAGUGA